CGCACCAUUCGUGUCUACGUGCCAAGCGCGGCCGAGCUCCACCACGUACUCCAGUCCACACGACGGUGGCGAUGCAGAAGCAGCACCACAUGGUGGAUCGUCUCCUGCUGGUGCCGGCUUUGGUAGCGCUGGUGGUGGUCGCCUCCGCCUCCGCGUGGGUUCUUCCGGUCGCCGCCGCCGCCGACCCGCAGGUCACGCUGCUCAACAAGGGGUGCAGCCAGUACAACGCCACUCCGGCUGCCGCCUUCCUGGCCGCCCUCAACGCUACCUUCGCCGGGGUCCGGGCCAACCUCUCGUCUGGCGGUGCUGGCGCUGCUGGCUUCGCCACGGCCGAGGAGCCGCGCGCCGCCGCGCCGGCGUUCACGAUGGCCCAGUGCCGCCCGUACGUCACCGGCCGGGAGUGCGUCACCUGCUUCGACGCCGCCGCCUCUCUCCUCCGCGCCUCCUGCGGCGCCGCCAACGGCGGGCGCGCCAUCCUCGACGGCUGCGUCGUCAGGUACGAGAGCGCGGCCUUCUUCGACCAGACCACGCUCCCGGGGAACACGCAGGUCUGCAACGGCUCCGCCGUCGACUUCGUCGGCUUCGCGGACGCGGCGCGCGCGCUGGCCCGUGACCUCGUGGCCGCCGUGCCCCGCGCCCCGGGGCUCGCCGCGGCGGCCGCUCGCGGCGGCGUGUACGCGGCGGCGCAGUGCGUGGAGACGGUCGGGGAGGGUGGCUGCGCGCAGUGCCUCGCGGUGGCCGAGAGGAACGUCGACGGGUGCCUGCCCAGCUCCGACGGCCGCGCCGUCGACGCCGGUUGCUUCAUGCGGUACUCCAGCAAGCCGUUCUUCCCCGGCAACGCAACCAUCGACCUGGCACCAUAUUUACGAUCACCCGGGAAAUCAAAUAACAAAGGAGUCAUCAUAGGAGGAAUUGUAGGUGGUGUGAUCUUCCUGUUCCUCCUUGGGCUAUUGGCAAUAUUCUUCAGGCUCCGGCGUUCAAGGAAGCUGUUGAAGCCUCGUAGAGGAGAUAUACUUGGAGCAACUGAACUGCAGGGUCCAACAAGUUUUUACUAUCAAGAUCUGAAGGUUGCAACCAAUAAUUUCAGUGAGAAUAGUAAACUUGGAGAAGGAGGUUUUGGAGAUGUAUUUAAGGGAUUGCUGAAGAAUGGGAAAACUGUAGCAGUAAAACGGUUAACAGUGAUGGAAACUAGCAGGGCCAAAGCAGACUUCGAAAGUGAAGUGAAGUUGAUUAGCAAUGUUCAUCAUCGGAAUCUUGUCCGGCUUCUUGGCUGCUCUAGCAAGGGCUCAGAAUGCCUGCUUGUAUAUGAAUACAUGGCAAAUGGAAGUCUCGACAAGUUCCUCUUCGGCGAGAAACGUGGUACCCUUAAUUGGAAGCAGCGAUUUAACAUCAUCGUUGGCAUGGCCCGUGGCCUUGCAUAUCUUCACCAAGAAUUUCAUGUCUGCAUCAUACACCGUGACAUUAAAUCUAGCAAUGUUCUUCUUGAUGACGAGUUUCAGCCAAAAAUUGCUGAUUUUGGUUUAGCGAGGCUCCUGCCAGAUGAUCAUAGUCAUCUCAGCACUAACUUUGCAGGAACAUUGGGUUACACUGCUCCUGAGUAUGCCAUCCAUGGGCAACUCUCUGAGAAGGUUGACACAUACAGCUUUGGUGUAGUCACAUUGGAAAUAAUAGGUGGCAGGAAGCUGAACGAUACAAGGCUGGAGCCUGACAGUCAGUACCUACUUGAAUGGGCCUGGAAGCUUUAUGAAAACAACAAUUUGAUUGAAUUGGUGGACAGGUCAUUAGACGCAGAAGAAUAUAAUCCUGAAGAGAUUAAAAGAAUAAUGGAGAUAUCCCUUUUGUGCACUCAGUCAGCUGUUGCUUCGCGGCCAACGAUGUCAGAGGUAGUUGUGUUGUUGCUGACAAAAAAUGCUUCAGAGUUCCAGCCCACGAGACCCACUUUUAUUGAUGCAACUCGUAGAGUGAGAGAUGAAACAUCCUCCUCCAGUUCAUCUUCUGCAUCCAAGGCCACUGUUUCGAUAUCACAGCUCUCGGCUAGGUAAAAGAUUGUUUUCUUUUGGUAUAGCUGCUAUAUUUGUAUCUGUAUCUAUGUUACAUAUACUAUAACAAGUGGGCAUAUACUUGUGAGCAUAUAUAAAAUAAAUAGUGUGAUCUUGUUUGGGGAGAUUUUAACAU